AUUCCGCGCCGACUGGCUUCGAACGAUACAGAUUACCGUUUCAUCCGCUUCUGUUCGCUUCUGUACGCCUCUGUUCGCUUCCGUUCGCUUCCGUUCGCUUCCGUUCACUUCUGUCUGCUCCGUCUCUGCUGCUGUUUCAGUGACAAGCACUCUCGAGAAUGAACUAGCGAGCCGUCGACGUCGAACACCGCGCAAACACUGACUCCAUCACCGACAAGAUGUCCGUCGCAUUCCGGACGGUCCUCCACAUGUCCGUCAUGUUCUCCCUCGCCGUAUGCGAAUUCCCAAAUACCUGUACACGGUCGAAUAAUUAUUCCGUGGUCUAUUCCAUCCUGGAGAAGUGGGCAAACACCACGAAAACGGCUCUACUAACAGUCGUGUUCGACGAUUACGAUGACGAGGACACGUCCGACGACCCUCGAGGCAUUUUGAACUACGUCAAGGUGCCCAGUCGGCUGAUCACGCUGGAUCACAUGAUGUCCCUGAGCUGGCAGCACCAAGAGGAGGAUUAUCGAGUGGUCGAGCCUGGAGGAUGCGUUCUGCUACAAUUCUCGCAGCUUAACCGCCUGAAGAACAUCUUGGAUUCGCCUCAUUUAUCUUCGUUUUGGCAUCCUGAUAGUUUCUAUGUCUUGCAAAGCCUCGGGACAAUAAAUUUCUGCAAGCUCGAACGAUUCUGCAAGUGGUUGUUCCAGAGGCUUUGGAGAACCCGCAGGAUCUACAAGAUAAUCUUCCUCGCCAGUGAUUCAUCGAGAACGAUUCGAUUCGAUCCUUUUGGAAGAGUACCUCAGGAAGGGUACUUCCUGAAGAUCGAUUACACGAAUCUCACCGACGUUUCAGACCUUUUCGAGGAGAGACGCAGCUUUGAGAAGCAUCCUCUGCGCAUCUCCAUCUUCGAAUCCACCACAAUGACUAAGCAGGGAGACCAGUAUGGCGGCUUGGACUAUAGGUAUUUGGAAGGGAUCACAAAAAAGAUGAACGUGACACCGAUAUUAGUUCAGGAAAAGGACAAGCACGGCUGGAAAGAAAACAACGUAUUCUUCGGCACCCUCGGCCAGCUGGUCUACGGCCACUGCGACGUGUCUUUCAACCAGUUCUUCGUGAAGGACUACAUGACCAAGCAGAUCGAAUUCACCGCCGCCAUCAACAGCGACAGGCUGUGCGUCGUAGUGCCGAAGGCUCUUCCAAUUCCCGAGUACCUGGAGAUCCUGAAGACCUUCAGCGGCGGCUGUUGGCUGUUGAUCUUGACGAGCUACUUCGUUAUAGCUAUCAUCUACACGUCUAUAAAGGACGCGUCGAUCGCAAAUAGGGCCGCCGAUUCGCGCCAGAGCUGCGAAAAAGUACGCGGAUCGCGCGAAUAUUGUAGCGAUCCACGCUACCUCGCAGAUCAAAGCGGAACUGCGAAUGAAAUCGCAGGGAAACGCCACGGUAGACCGUACGAUGGAUUUUCUGCGGCAUCGCAUCCGAGCCGACUCGAGGGGGCAAUUUUCCCGAGGCUAAUGAUUCUCGUGAAAUACUUCACGGAGAUCAUGCUGCACCAGACGCAGCCUUUCGAAAACACGAAGCCCUGGUUUCCAGAACGAUUAUUCGUGAUGUGCAGUUUGUGGCUCAGCCUUAUUCUCAAUGGAGUGUUCGCGUCGCAGCUGGCGGCCAGCUUCAGCAGGCUGCACUAUUACGAUGACAUCGACACUUUGGAGCAACUCGAACAGAGCGGACUGGAAAUUCUGACGAGUUCGAGGGACAUCAUAGACGAUGCUCUGACAGACGCUACCUCUCCAAUACUGAAACGUCUCCAUGAUAGAAUGAUGUACGCGAACGAGACGGAGAUCAAACGAAGAUUAUUCCAAAGCAGAGACGCUGCGCAUCUGUACCAAUUGACGUUGCUGCCGUUUAAGUACGAUAAACAUCAAAGACGAAAGCUGCAUAUCGUCAAAGAAUGUCCCAAAGAUUACAUCCUGGCUAACAUCGUACGGGAAGGAUCGCCGUUCCGCGACCGCAUAAACAGCAUACUUUCCAGGCUAAACAACGCCGGCUUCUAUGGGAAAUGGUACCGGGACCAUAUCGUAUCUCGGUUGGCAAGCCAGCAGAAUCGCAAGGAUGAAUCGAUCGUGCACAGGAAGAUCACGGUCCGGCACCUGCUCAUCCCGUUCGCGAUUUUUCACUUCGGUUUGGCAGUCAGCACGAUCGUCUUUAUCUACGAGCGCAGAGAUACUAACCGUGUCGCGGCAUCGACGAAGCGGAAGCAGAUCAGAGAUUAGGGGGAGGGAUCGUAAACUGGCGACGACGUGGAUGUCGACGAUGUACGGUGGUUAGUACCUUUUCAAGAAAAGGUUGGCCACGAUACAAAAUCUCGGACGAUUUUUUUUUUUAAAUCGGUACCGUUGUGUUUUUUCGUGGUUGUGUUAUCAAAAUCGUAUGUUAUCGGAAAUGAAAGAUUCAAAACGGAAGAUCAGACACUGCUCGUAUAAGCAUUCUUCUGAAUUUAUUUUUCGCGAACGUUCUCGAUCAGUUUGGAUGUUUGACUUUAAUUGUAUAAUUGCAAUUUAAAGUUUAAAAUGUGAUGAUCUUAAUUUCCAAUCAGUUUUGUAAUUAAUUAUGGAAAAAACGUUUACUUUUUUGCUGAAUUUUGUUGUCCGAAAUAGUAAUAAAGGAUAUUAACGAUUAUAAAUAUUGUUUAUAAUUGAUAAUAAUUCUUUAGCACUAUUUUAGACAACAACAUUCUGGAAAAUAAACGUUUCUCCAUAAUUAAUUACAAAACUGGUUUGAAAUCAAAAUCAUCGUAUGAAAUGAAAAAAGCAUCGAUAUAACCAAAAAUUGUCUGCAGGAGCCAAAUAUUUUCUUUCCAUCUAUUGUACAAUUAAACUGGUCGUUUACAAUCGUUUACAGUUAAACUAUCGUUCUUUCUGUAUAUCUGCGUCAAUUUAGAGAGUUACAAAUAUUGCAAUUACUUUGACUUUAAAUACAGUUCUAUCCAUAAAAUGGCAUUUUCAGCAACUGAAUAAGCAAAUGCGAGUAGAAAACUAUUCUAUACUUGAUACUAUAGCAAUAUUAUACGUACAUAUACUACAA